UAACUCUCUCAUUCCACUUCCCGUUUCUGCUUCGGAGUUUCGAUCUUUCGUUUUUUCUUAUAUUGUUUUUUUUUUCACUUCAAAAUCAAAAAAUCAAAAUUCAUUUUUCUUCUUUGAAGUUCGAUUUCUCAGAUUGAGUCGAAUAUGUUGGGAAUAUUUAGCAGUUCGAUCAUGUCACCGCCGGAAGAACUGGUGGCUGCCGGCUGCCGGACACCGUCGCCGAAGAUAUCGUCGACAGCGCUGGCGAAGCGGUUCGCUGAUUCCAACGCUGCCGUCGUCUCCCUCCAGAUCGGCGACCAUGUCCACCUCGCCUUCACUCACCACAACGAAUCUCCCUUGCGCCCCAGAUCAUUAGCGGUGAAGGAUGAGAUAUUCUGCUUAUUCGAAGGAGCUCUAGACAAUUUAGGGAGCUUGAGAUCCCAAUAUGGCCUUCCAAAAUGCACCAAUGAAGUUCUCUUAGUAAUCGAAGCUUACAAAGCUCUUCGUGAUCGAGCUCCAUAUCCCGCCGACCAUGUCGUCGGCCAUCUCACCGGCAGUUUCGCCUUCAUCCUCUUCGACAGCUCCACCUCCACUCUCUUCGUCGCCUCUGAUCAGAUCGGGAAAGUGCCUUUGUAUUGGGGAAUCACUGCUGAUGGAUACGUUGCGUUCGCUGAUGAUGCUGGUCUUCUCAAAGGUGCUUGUGGAAAAUCACUCGCUUCGUUUCCUCAAGGAUGUUUCUUCUCUACUGCGGUGGGAGAAUUGAGAUGCUAUGAGAAUCCGAAGAACAAGAUUACUGCUGAACCUGCUCCUGAAGAAGAGAUCUGGGGAGCAAAAUUCAAGGUAGAGAGGCCAACAGCUGUUUCAGCCACAGGUUUAGGGUAUUACAAUUUUCCAAUGGAGAUUUCAUAGAUCUACUUGAAGGGAAAGGUGAGAAUGAGGGGCUUUCUUGUAAUAAUAUGGUGAAUGGUUUGAUUUUAAGGGUACUGUAAAUAUGAGUCUUUAACGUAGAGAUUUGCUUGGUUUAAUUCUAGACUUUUUUUUUUUUAAUCCUUUUUGUGAGACAAUAUUGUACAUAUAGCCUCUACCUGCUCUGUUUGGGCUUUUGUUUUAAUAAAAGUGUCUGCAAUGUGUUCAAAAA